UAUGAACUAUCCUUUUAGCAGUCAACAGAAUCCCUAAAAGAGUGAAAUACUAAUCAGUUAUUCCCGUUAAGAAUUAAAAAAUUUAGAUUUCGAUCCAAAUAAACCUGAAAACUUCUAAAAGCAAUCUAACAAUAACUCAAAUACAGUAAUUUAUUUUAUAAAUAUUUAGAAUAACCUACCAUAAGGAUCUCCACUUCAAUAAUAACAAUUAUAGUAUUAGUUAUCUAUAAAAUUAGAGAUGAUAUUACGAAUACAGAAAAAGUAUAAUGUGUUAAUUCAUCAUUCCAUAAAUAUUACACUCAAGAAGAAUACCAUUAAAGCAUUUAAUUUAAUUUAAUCCAAUCCAAUAAUUUUAAGAAUGAUUCUUUCCAAAAAAAUACUCCUUUAUAUUAACCAACAAGUAGUUAAUAAUUCUAGAAUUCCUUCGCUUCAAAUACUAAUAGCUCUAAUUAUAAGGAGGGAAAAUGA